GUACGUCAUUGUGUCAUCAUGGCGGCCAUGAUGAUGGAGAUUGGUAGCGAGCCGCCGGUCACUGGAGAAUUAACGGAGGACAGUGAUUCAGGCAGUCCUGAAGCAGCUGCCAGUGCUGAGAAUGGAAGUGACAGCGAUGAAGAAAAUACACAGGUGUCUUCUAAAGAGGAGAAAAAGAGGCACAGCCACCAUGGUAAGAAGAAGCACAAGCACCAGAAGAAACACAAGAAACACAAACACAAGCAUUCCGAGGACGAGGAUCGGCGACGGAAGCACAAGCACAAGAAGAGGCGACACAGUCAAGAGGAGGUGAAGGAGGGCAGCAGUGCAGUGCUGAAGAAAAUAAAGGUGGAUGACUCAGCAAAUCUGGAGGAACUGGAGGAGGCCAAAGCUCGUAUCCAGGCAGAGUUGGAGAAGAACCAUGCAGACGGCAGUAAGAUCAACGCCAUGUCCCUCAUCGCCCAGGGGUACGCUGCCACCGACGAGGAGGAAGAGGAAGGUGAGGUCAUCGAUUUGACAGAAGACGACAAAGUUCCAGCGGACUCCGGGAAGUCGCAGCACGACAACCAUUCAUCAAAACCCAGACACAGGGGAAACAGGUCCACAUCCCCCAGGCACAGACCCGAGCGAGACAGAAGAAGAAAGUCUGGGGAGGACAUGAGGAGGAGGAGCAAGUCACCAGACAGAGGUAGGGCAAGUCGUCGUAGUCGAUCCCCGGACAGAAAGGCUCGGGUGUCUCCUAGGAAGGAUCGGGAGGAGAGAGUUGUCAAGAGAAGUAAGUCCCCCAGGAAACGCAGCAUUUCACCAAAGAGAAGGAGCCGGUCUCCUCGGGACAAGAGUAGAGCAAGGAGGCGCAGUAAAUCACCCAGCACUCAGGACAAUAAUAGAGUCAAGAAGACCAGAUCUCCUGAUAAAGUGGAACGGUCUUCUCAGGAAAAGACUAAAGAGGACUCAAAGAAAGCCGUAUCUCCCCAAAGAGCAUCCUCUAGACGUCAGAACAGCCGUUCCUUGGAAAGGGAGAAGGUUCGUAGCAGGACUCCAAUAAAGAAGAGUAGGAGCCCCCCUAUCAGGAGACCCAGAAGUCCAGAUACCAUGGAUGAAAGGAAGAAAAGAAGUAGCCCAGCCCCCAUCAUAAGAGCUCGCUCUCCUAUCAGACGACGCUCGAGAACGCCACCAGGUAGGAGAAAGAGUCUGUCCCCCAUUGGCAGAGGGAGACCACGACGAUCACCAUCACCAAGGAGAUUAUCGCGAAGAUCGCGCUCACCCAUGGGAAGACGAAGGUCUCCUUUGCGACGGAGUCGGUCAGGGUCACGACACAGGUACAGGAGGAGGUCACACUCCAGAGAUCGGGACAGAAGACGCAGGAGCAGGUCACCUGAGGACAAGUUCAAGGGAAGCUUGUCGGAGGGCAUGGCCAUGAAGAAGGAAGACUCCUCAGAUGAAGGUUUGGAAGACUUUGAGAUUCCUGAUGAUGAUGAAGAUGAGGAGGCCAUCAUCGAACGUCGCAGGAAGGAGAGACUUGCAAUUCUACAGAAAUAUCAAAAAGAGAGCUCAGACAACAGCGGCUCGGUGUCCACGCCUCUACCCACAGACUCAGACGAGGACUCGGACGCUGACGGAGCUAACACCCCCGACAGUGUGCUGGUCGGGGACAGGGCGGCAGAAGAUUUUGCCCAGGAUGCCAAGAUUGAGGAUGAGGACGAUUUCGAAGCCUCUAUCAACGCAAAGCUGAGCACUAUUACUGGAGCUGUGAAGAAGGGUGCUGAGGAGCCGGAGGACUCAGCUGGCAGUGCUGGAAACGACAUGUUCACAGACGAUAUCUUCGGGGAUAAGGGAUCAGGCUCUGGUGGCCGGAUGAUCCAAGAUGCAACAGACAAUCCUCAUCUUACAGAAAACUGGGAUGACCACGAGGGAUAUUAUCGUGUGCGUAUCGGUGAGACGCUGGACAGGCGGUACGUCGUGUAUGGCUUCACCGGUCAGGGAGUCUUCAGUAAUGUGGUUCGAGCCAGGGAUGAGGCUCGGGCCAAACAGGACGUCGCCAUCAAGAUUAUACGCAACAAUGAGAUGAUGCACAAGACUGGUCUGAAGGAGUUGGAGUUCCUGAAGAAGUUAAAUGAUGCUGACCCAGAAGACAAGUUCCACUGUCUCCGUCUUCUGCGAGACUUCUACCACAAGAACCAUCUCUGCUUAGUCUUUGAGCCCCUCAGUAUGAACCUGAGGGAGGUGCUGAAGAAGUACGGGCGAGACGUGGGCCUUCACGUGAAGGCGGUGCGCUCCUACUCCCAGCAGCUCUUCCUGGCACUCAAACUUCUCAAGCGCUGCAACAUCCUCCAUGCCGACAUCAAACCUGACAACAUUCUGGUGAAUUCAUCAAAGGUAGUGUUGAAGCUGUGUGAUUUUGGUUCAGCAUCGCACAGCGCUGACAAUGACAUCACCCCCUACCUGGUCAGUAGGUUCUACAGGGCCCCAGAAAUCAUUAUAGGGAAAGGUUACGACUUUGCCAUUGACAUGUGGAGUGUGGGCUGUACCAUCUACGAACUGUACACGGGGAAGAUCCUGUACCCGGGGAAGACAAACAACCACAUGCUGAAGCUGAUGAUGGACCUGAAGGGGAAGAUCCCCAACAAGAUGAUCAGGAAGGGCAUGUUCAAGGACCAACACUUCGACCCUCAGUGCAACUUUAUGUACGUGGAAGUAGACAAAGUCACACAGAGGGAAAAGGUGACCGUGAUGACGUCCAUCAACGCCACGCGGGACCUGAUGGCGGACAUGUUGGGGUACUCCCGGCUCCCGGAGGACCAGAUGCGCAAGCUGACCCAGCUCAGCGACUUCCUCCACAAGAUCCUCAUGCUGGACCCGUCCAAACGGAUUUCCAUUAACCAGGCCCUCACACAUCCCUUCAUACAGGAGAAAAUCUAACAUAACCACUGCACCUGAUAGCAGGUUUUUCCUCACAAAUAGAUAAGACCUACCAUAGUACAAGAAACAUGCGCCGAUGUGUUGCACACCAUUACAACUAGUGCAACUUAGUGUAAGAGGCAUGAAGAAGUAAGCAUUACAAAAACAAUGGUGUCACAUUAUUCAGAAAAAUGUGUGUAGAAAUUUUAGUAUACGUAUGUAUGUAUGUGUACAUGUUUGUAGGGGAGGAAAGAACAGUAGUUUAACAGUGAGGCCAGGGUGAUACAGGACGAUACUACUUUGGUAUUUCUUUCAUUGAUUUAACAAUAAUGAAUCAACUUGUUUCUAGUAAGUAGAAAUAAGAAAAAAAAUUGCCAGCACAGUCUAUAGAAUUUCAUACACCUCUUUCAGCAAUAUCCUGAACCCAUCUUCUAGCCAGCUUAUGAGGUAUAAGAUUUUUGCAAAUUAAGCAGAAACAGUGGCAAAAGAGGACAUCUGUCCAUAGCAAAAUAUCAGGAAGAGAUGAUUUAGAAAGUCAAAAACAUAAGUUGCACCCAAUUGAUCUGUAAUGAUUCUUAAUGACCUGUUAUUUGUUGCCUGUUUAUGAUUUUACAGGUCAGCAUGUAAAGAGGUUUUUCUUCUGGCCUGAGUCAAUACCAAGGGUAAUGAGCUUUAUUACCAGUACUUAAAACUUAUCUUGUCACCCAUGCAGAAUACUUGUUUUGCAGAUGUUUCUGUUCGCUGUAGGUGGCACCCUCACCGAGGCCAAGUCCCCGCCUGUGGUCGGACAGCCUACCAGCCUGCGCAUCCAAAAUGCCGAAUAUGGUUGGGCGGUCUCACACUAAGGUAACAUGCACAUGCCCUCCCACAGAAAUAGUGUUGAAUGGCAUCUGACCACAUGGCAGUGGAUUCUGUCUCAUUGAGGGUGCCUGCAUGAGUGUUUUUUUCUUUUCUGUGAGAAAAAAAAGGACGGCUGUUUAUGAAUCACAGAAUCUUAUCCUAACAAUGCUCAUGUUGGCCAUGAUACAGUUAGCAGUAGGAAUUCAAAGCAAAGAAGAGUACUAAAUGAAAGACAUUUGGAGAUGAUUAUGGUCAUGCCCUGCACUGCAACUGUAUCCAGCCUAUAUCAGCAUUGUUGGUAGAACGUAUACUUAAGAUUGUUGUGGAUGUAGUAGAGACAAUGUCAGCAUCUGUAUGUGUAGCUAAGUCCCUCCUCUCUCAGCGGACUCGUGCUGUACUGAACAGUAAGUACCAAACUUGACUGUACUUAAGUAGAGUACCCAAACUGACAAGGCACCAGACUUACAAGUGUUUAAAUUUCUGUGUACUAAGUGUUAACUAUCAUGAAUACACCAAGUAACAAACAGACAUGGUGACUUGUAAGGUGGAGGCAUUGGCUGUGACGCAUAUGACGACAAUUAAGUGGAGAAUAAAAUGCCGUCUGCAAAAA